GUGAGCGGUGUGCUCCAAAGCAAAAGAAAGCAAAAGUGGCUGCUUGCUGGCUUUCUUAUACCCUCCACCAUCCGGGCACUCUUCCCCUCUCCUGCCCCCACUACAGGACAGGGCAAACCAUGCGAAGUAGUGAGGGUGGGUGACCGUAGCGGGGUGAACGUCCCCAGCCGGGUUGGUAUGGGCGCAAGGCGGCACGGCAAGUUUCGUCUCUGACGUAUCUAUGACCCGUCGCGACGGAAACGUCUCUUUAUGUUGACGAGCGAGAUCGUUAGGCACGCCGUUUUCCAUGCGUUUGCACGUGGUCCGGGCAUGGCCGCUCUAUAAGUGAAUCGUAACAAGGUCAAUGCAGUCGUGAACACGAUUGACAGUCUUAAAUAGCUGUAAGUCAUCAGCAUAUAGAAGGAAUGCAGAGUGAUGGAAAAUGGCAGUGCACUUCGAAACAAGGAGCGAACAAACACGAGCGCUGUUGUUUAAGUUCGCAAUUCUGUGCAAUGAAAAACGAUAGCACAAUUCUGUAAACAGCACUUAAUGAAACAUUUGAUCCGUACAAAAUUGAUACAUUAUACACCUCUAUGAAAUAUACAACUAAUUUAUUAAUACGAAAUUUGCAGAACCCUUGCACAACAUUAUAACACAUUCACGUAAGCUGUAAAUUCAUACACCAACUUUGUCCGCUUUAGAUGUUCUAACGGAUGCAAUUCACAGAGUUGCGAUAUCUGUUUUUUGUGCAGAGUUACUGAUUCAUAAACUUCGUACUGUAGAACGAACUCCAGACUCUAGACCAAAAUUCUGCUUCCUACAGUCACUACCUUCGAACUAUGUCUCUCAAAUGCAACAAGUUUCAUUCAAACCGGCCUAGUGGUUAUCUCACAAAAACAAUUAUCUGAAUAGGUGGCACCGGAGUUAGCUCCGAGCUAAAGCUUUUGAACAAUGAACUAUGCGAACGUCCCGACGAUGAGUUACACGCGCAGAGUACAGGUGCGAAGUCGUCACUCGCUCCUUGAGAUGCAACGCGGUCUUGGAGCAUGGCUGCCUCCGUGUGGCUCUGCGAAUGUAGUUGUGGCUUCUUCAUUUCGGGACUCCGUGAACUGUAGCAUUGAGCUAGAGUCCUCGUAUUACUUGCGAGAGCGUGCGAUUUUAUCAUUUUUGAGCUUUUCAUUGUUCUUCAUAACACAUGUAGUGUUGUGCCAAGUGCGUUCCCAUGUACCCUACCUUGCAUGCUUUUUGUUUCUCCUUGCUCUUUUUCAUCCUACACCCUUAAUAUAUGGAGUAGCAUAUGGAAAGCUCUCUCUCUCUCUGAGUAAGCGUUGCCUCUGUCUUCGUGUUUAAGCUGCUCGCUCUACACUGUCGUUCGGCGCUAGACUGUCGAUGGCGAGCUGCACGUGCGUGUGUCCGCAGGGGGUGCUGCUGAGCUGGGCAGUGCGCAAGGGCGGCGACCCACUGCGGCUGCUCCACGGCGUGGACAGUCAGGGCAAUGUGUGCGGCCGCGGUGACCAGCAGCCGCUGCCUGGCGUGCCAGGCUCCGGUCAGAACACCACGGGACUCACGCUCCUGGUACUGGAGGAUGCGCUGGGCCGCAAGCGACACUGCGCUGCUAGCUGCCCUCCGGGAUACAGGCAAACCGUGUUCCGAAGGUGCGUGCUGGACUCGGGUCCCGUGGGCCUCGUGCACCGGACACUCAACGUCAGCGGCGCGGUGAUCGAGGAGGUUGUACAAGACCUGGUCACCUGCCGACGGGAGCUGGGCUACAUGGGCCUCGUGGCGAUAGGGCUCAGCGUGGCGGCACUGCUUCUGCUGCGCUACUGUGUGGCUCUGCUCGUGUGGCUCCUCCUGGUGGCCGUGUCCCUGGGAUGCGUCGGAGGGACGUUCUAUCUCUGGUUCUCGUGGAACGCAAGACGGCGCAGCGCUCAGCCGAACGCGGGAGCCUGGCUGGUAGCUGCCGUCGCUGGAACCACGGCCAUGGUGCUGCUGAUGCUCACGGUGCUAGUGCUGCGCAAGCGGAUACAGCUGGCAAGUCCCUCACUGCGACUGCAGCUGCGCACCUCCUUGCAAAAUAUUACGUACACGGCUGAUUGGACAAAGACUCUUCCGCUAUGGAAUCAGCGACAACAGUCGAAAAAGUUGCGAUACACGCAAGCGCGGCUUGCGCCGAGCGAUAACUUUAGCAGUUCUUCGCUGUCAAAAAAAAAAAAAAAGAAAGUACACUGGUACCUCGCAAUACCUCUAUCGGUUUGCGUAAACCUUUACCAAAAUACAGGACGACGGGUGUGUUUUGCCUCUCUAAGAUUUUUCGAGCACUCUGUUCUGUUUUCCUUCAAAACCGCGCAAAGCCAUGGGGCAAGCCCGCUAAUGUACAUCAUUCCUCGUUCCCAGAUGACGGCUCUGUUCGGGGAGGCUGGGAAGGCGCUGGCCGCCAUGCCUGGCCUACUACUGCAGCCCGCCUGGACGCUGUGCUUUUGCGCGGUCACCGCGGUGGCUGGCGCGUCGGCGAUGCUCGUCUUGCUGACGGCUGGCGACGCAGCGGUCACCAAGGACACAGAGGACGACAGCGGCGGUCACGUGACAGUGCUGCUGAAACAGGACUCGCUGCUUCGUCUCGGGCCCUGGUACCUGGCCCUGGCCGUGUGUUGGAUGCUCCAACUGGCUGUCAGUUGCCAGGAGGUCGUGGUGGCAGGCGCCGCGGCCGACUGGUACUUCCACAGGGGCCGCUGCACCGGGUGGUCGGCGCAGUGCGCGAGCCUGUGGCGGCUGGUGCGCUACCACCUGGGCUCCGUGCUGCUGGGCUCGCUGCUCGUAGCCCUGGCCCGCGUGCUGAGGCUCGCCUGCAGGCUCGCCAGCCGGCAUUGCCGCAGGCCCGGAAAGGCUGCCUGCUGCCUCUGUUCCUGCUGCUGCGUCGGCUGCAUCGCGGCACUCAGGUUCCUCAACAGGAACGCCUUCAUCAUGCUCGCGGCCCGCGGCUACAGCCUGUGCCGGGCGGCACAGGAGGCCUGGCAGCUGUUGUCGCGCAACGCCCUGCGCGUGGCAACCGUCAACUGCGUCGGUGACUUCGUGCUGCUGCUUGCCAAGGCAGCCGUGGUCGUCGGCACCACGCUCACCGGACAAAAGCUCACUCAGGACAAGGCGGGCCAGCUGCUGUGGGGCCAGUGGGUUCCCCUGACCGCGGGCGCUCUGGGCUCGUUCCUGGUGGCGCACUGCUUCCUCUCGGUGUACGAGAUGACGCUGGACACGCUGUUCCUGUGCUUCUGCCACCAGUGCGACGAGAUCGGCCGCGGGGGCGUCGCCACCAUCGCAGUGCCCGACGCACUCGCGGCAUUCGUGGAGAAGAGUGGCAGCGUGGCUCCGCCUACCGCUCGCCAAUGAGCAGCUGCCCUCUCGCGGUGAAUGCCAUUUUAGGCUGGUGACAGAGCCCCCCUUCUUAUACAGGGGGUUUCAUUUUAGCUGCACCAAAUUUUUAAAAAUUGCCUGUGCCAGAUAGCACAAUUAUAAUCCUUGAUCUAAACUACUCGAUGAGGCGACCGUUACUUCCACGAGAAAUCAAAACGACGAAUUGAAUAAUUAACAUAAUUACGCUAACUAACUUUUUAAUUAACUGUUUUACGGCACAUAUUUCAAUCUACGAAUUAUAGCCGCUGAGCUCGCAAGGCGUAUCCACUUGGAACGAAUUCUCAGGACUGAACUAGUUUCGAGAUAUUAAUAUUUAACGUAUCCGACGAAAUGCAUGGGCGUCCAGUUAACUUUUUGAGGAAAACGCUGUGUUAUGCAUUGAAGCAUAAAAAUAACUGGAACGCCAACGCAUUUCGUCGGACACUUUGAAAAUUAAUAUCUCGAAAGUGGUGAGAAUUCGUUCCAAGUGGUAGAUACGCCUUGCGAGCUCAGCGGCUAUAAUUCGUAGAUUGAAAGAUGUGCCGAAAAAUUAUUAUUUAAAAGUUAAUUAGCGUAAUUAUGUCAAUUAUUCAAUUAGGCGUUUUGAUUUCUCGUGGAAGUAAUGGCCGCCUGAUCGAGUAUAGUUUACAUCAAGGAUUAUAAUUGUGCUAUCUGGCACAGGCAAUUUUUUAAAAAUUUGGUGCAGCUAAAAUGAAACACCCUGUAUAUUCUAGUCGCACUUACCUGAGGUCUUCAAGUGAAGAACAAAGGGAAACGUGCUUACAGAGCAGGAGCAUGUCUACUCCCAAAUCCUGGGCCGAAUUCGCUGAACUUCUCGUUGGCGAGAACUGUUUGUCACCGGCAUGGCAGCCUUUCACUCGUUGUACGUGUUCCGAACGUGUCACGUGCAGCAAUCGAGCAAAAUCACGAUCGGUCGGCGCCUACUUUUUCUGUUCACUGCGCUGCGUGUUUCGCAUAAAGAGAGAGAGAGAAAAGGAGGCGCACCUGUUCGCCUUUUCAUUGUCCCCUUUUGGGCGAAACAACAUCGCAGUGUACCGAAUGAUGCCGUACCAAUUAGCCCUGAAGUUGAAGCCUUUUUAUCGAUGCCGGUUCAUGAACCAACCUAACGACACGAACUUCUAUGUGAUUACGAGCCCCGAAUUAGAUCCAUUGCUCGAGGCGACACAAUCCAACUAAAAUGGCAUUUAACGUUCGCCGUUUCCAGAGGAGUGCGAGCCACGUGGACAGGCUCAACAUCACCGCUCAACGGGAGAGAAAUAAAAGAUGCAUUUCUUCUCGGACGAAACGAGACGGCAGCAAGCCGGCCUUACACCGGUAGGCAAUAAAAUAAUUGU